CAGCGUGCGUACAGAGAUGGAUGAGCGUGCUUUCUGCUUUGCCGCCGAGCGAGGAGCGAUCUCAGAGCAAUGAGACUCGCAACGGGACUCGAUGACACACGAUGGGAGCCCCGCGCGACAAGAGAGGUCGCCGCGGUGGGAGUCGAGGUCAGGAUCGGCUGUGGUAGGCAGACUUUCUUCGCCCACGCUCGCCACCACAUCUCUCCUCGCGCCCAUCUCUCGUCGUGCUCUCGAUUUCCCCAGAGCUCAAUACACCACUUUGCAACGGUACCUGCGCGCCCCACGCCGUACGUUUGCCAGCGAAGCAGCAGCGGCGGCAGCAAAGAAGAUGGGCGCAUGAUACAUGAGCUCCCGCCUCAUCGCUGCGUUCUUUCGAAUGCGUCCGCGAGUUGCACUUCGCAGUCGUCCAAGUCGCCGUCCCUCUCGCCGUCCUCGCCGCGCCGAUGGGCCACAAUCUGCAAAAAUCUGCCGACCGCCGACGGCAGCUGCUAGCCCGCCGUGCGCUAGAGAAAGAGCACCCGGCGGCGGGCGGCGGGCGGCAGAGGAUGGCGCGGCGGCCUCUCGCGCAGAGGCAAAGGAGGAAUGUCAUCGUGCCGCGG